AUGGCACAAGAUUGCAGUACUUUAGUGCGAAGUUUGGAACAAAAAUAUUUGGAUGAUGAUGAUGAUUCGAUUGUCAAAGAUAUUAUUUUUACCGGCUUUGUGAGUGAAAUCCCUUAAUAAAAAUAUUAAAAAAAACGUUUUUUUAUUGCAGACAGGAUGUUCACCUUGCAAAAUGGCUUCUCAACGAGCUCUAGAACUUCUAGUGCUAAAUAAUAUGAACAUUGGGACAAUUGGUGAUUCUGAAAAGCUCGCUACAUUAGCCUCACAUGUUGUAGAGGCUGACCUUGGUUGGAAUCAAAUUUCAAAAUGGUCGGAUGUUGCUUGUAUUUUACGAAAUUUGCCACAUUUACGAGUAUUAAAUUUGGGUCACAAUCCAUUGAAUCAUUCGAUUGAUCACGAGUUACCUCAAGUCUCAACACUACACACUAUCAUAUUAAAUGGUACACAUCUUCCUUUAUCCACAUUGAAACGUUUUUUAUCAUGUUUACCAAAAAUAAUCGAGCUUCAUCUAUCAGACAAUCAAUUUGAUGAGAAUGAUGAAAUCGAAAAUGAUGAUAUAAUCAGUAAAUCUGUCAAAACAAUUCAUAUCAACAGGUGAGUUUCAAAAAAUAAACUUUUUCAUCCUUUUCCAAAUGUUUGCGAUUCAUUCCUGCGCUUCACAUAUUUUUGUCAUCUUUCUCUUUCUCAUUUUGUUUGAGAACCGGAAUUGAAAAAAAUAAUAUAUAUGUAUGAUUCUUUCUUCUUCGAACAAAUAGAGGCACCAAUGUGUUUAGAAAAAAAAAGAAAAAAACGAUGGGAAUCGAACUUUUUUAUUUCUCUUCUAAAAAAUCAUAUGACAGGCCAAAGGUUCUUUCUUUUUGUUUUGGGUUUUUGGUUAAAGAACGACCUUCAAUUCUUCCAGAUUCUUUCUUUUUCCCCCUCUCUUUUGGUUUCAUAUUUGAAAAAUAAUAACAUGUGGAAAAAAGUAUCGGAUUCGUUUUGCUUUUUACAUAAAAGUAUACAUAUUUCCGAAAUGAAAAAGUCAAAAUAAUAAUAAUAAUAAAAAUUCUGCCGGAAGCGCGUAUUGAAAAGUGAAACGGAAAAUGUAAUUAUACAUGGUCAAAUAAUUUUCUGCUACAUAGCUUGCAAACAUAUACAAACAUAAAACACUACUGGGAUUUUUUCAGGUGCGGAUUUGUAAAAUGGUCAUCGGUGAUGAAUAUUGUGAAACGAUUUCCAAAUGUUGAAUCGGUUUUUAUUUGCGAAAAUCCAUUGGAAAAUGUUGAAUAUUGUAAAUUUGUUGAUGAAUUAGACAAAUGGAAUUUUUUAAAUUUAGCAAAAGUAAGACAUUUUAUUUUUGAAACAAUAAAGUGGCAAAUAUUUACUUUCAGACCGAGAUAAAAUCAUGGGAUUCGUUAGAUCAUUUAAACAAAAUGAAAACAAUAAUUGAUCUACGUAUUCCAAAUAUUCCAUUACUCGAUUCAUUGACCGAUGAAGAACGUUUACAUCUUAUCAUUGGACGUGUUCAUCAUUUACAAGUGCUCAAUGGCUCAAAAAUAACAGCCGAGCAAAGAGAGCAAUCUGAACGAUUCUUCAUACGUUAUUAUCAGGUAAAUAUUGACUACUACCCUACUUAUCUAUGUUAUGUUUUGCUUUGUUUAAGGAGCAAAAAGACAAACCGAUACAGUAUCAAAGUCUUGUUGAUAAACAUGGCCAACUUGAGAAAUUGGUUAAUAUCGAUUUGACACCCGUAAACUCGGCAAUUGUGAAAAUUAUGUGCGAGGAAAAAAAUGUGAAUCAAGAAAUGUCUAUCAGCCUGAAUCGAACGGUUUUAGAUUUUAUGAAGUGAGUUUAAUGGUUACACUUGAUAUUCUUAACCGGCCUGGGUUUUAUCUCGAAUAGUUUUUAACCCACAGAUCAGAAAAACAAUCCUUAUUAUUUUUUUCAUAAUUCAAAGAUUUCAUUUUCACCUUUUUUCUCAACCUCAUUAAAUACAUUUUUUCCCAAGAUUUUCGACACUAUCUCCAAAUGAAAUCUGCAUAUUCACACUUUUAUUAGUUUCAUGAGUGAAAGAAAAAAGUAAAGUCUAUCUUCUUCUUUCAUCCUCUUUUACUCUUUUUUUACUUUUUCAUCCGAAUAUUAAAUUAACUUUGUUUUCUAGAUUUCUCGAGCCAAUCGUGCAUGUCAAGUAUACACGGAUGAAACUAUUUCUUUUCCGAUUAGACGGACGAUGCGAGGAUUUUUCUUCCAGUACUUAUAAUAUGCAAUUAAACUAUUUCCGUAUCGAAGAUGGAGAUGGUUUUAUGAUUCAGGUAAUUGACACCAAUAAUCUGAACAAAUAAACACCCAAAUAUGGUUAUUUGACCUGCCUUUGUUCUUUAUUUCCAAAGCCACAAUUAUGUAUAUUCCACCUGCGUUUUCCGUCCGUUCCUUCGUUCGUUCGUUCGGGCAGCCAAGAAAAAAAAAUAUUUAUUUUUUCUGUUCUGCUAGGAAAGAAAGAAGAAAACAAACUCUGCCUCUCUAACAUUCGCUGUUCAUAUGUAAACAUUUUCCUUCUCUAGUAGACAUGUGGUCCUGUGGUGUAGUGGUUAUCACGUCUGCUUUACACGCAGAAGGCCGCCGGUUCGAUCCCGGCCAGGACCUGUUUCUUUUUGAUUUCAUUUUUUGGAAAUUUUGAAAAUGAAAUUUAAUUAAAAAAAAGAUGCGCGAAAAAUUGGAAGAUGAAAUAAAAACCUGUCGUUUUCACACAAUAAAAACAUAAGAUAAUCUAGCAUUCAUUGCUAAUGAGAAGAAUGCAUUUGUAAUUGAUGAGGAGUCAUGUGAGAUAACAACGAAAAUCUUCUUUUCUAUGCAUAGAUUUUUUUUCCAGGAAAAAAUAAUUGUGCCAAAACGUCGUCGACCAGCCAGCUCCACAUCUAGCUCUUCAUAA